GAACUAAGAGGCUGAAACCUGUUCCAGCAUGACAAUGCCCCUGUGCACAAAGCGAGCUCCAUGAAGACAUGGUGUGUGAAGGUUGGAGUGGAAGAACUCGAGUGUCCUGCACAGAGCCCUGACCUCAACCCCACUGAACACCUUUGGGAUGAACUGGAACACUGACUGAACCCCAGACCUCCUCACCAACAUCAGCGCCUGAUCUCACUAAUGCUCUUGUAGCUGAAUGAACACAAAUCCCCACAGCCACGCUCCAAAAUCUAGUGGAAAGCCUUCCCAGAAGAAUGGAGGUUAUUAUUACAGCAAAUGGGGUCUACAUUCAUAUUUAUAUCCAUGGUUUUAAAAUGGCAUGGUCAGUAAGCACACAUGGGUGUCAUGGUCAGGCGUCCACAUAUUUUUGGCCAUGCAGUAUAUUUCACAUGCUACUCUUAAAAAAGCUCCUGUUAACACCCUAAGAUGUCUUUUGCUUUGUUCUUCUGGAGAAAUCCUGAAAGAUUGCAGGGAUACUUCUCCAACAGAGGGUUCCUUAGAAGCUUCAUUUAGAGCCUAGAAAGGUUCUGCAAAAAAUAAAUGAAUAAAUGAACCUUAGUCAAACAAUGAUACCUUACUGACUGUCACAUACUCCAUGCACAUGUUUGUGGGUAGUUAAGAAGAACCUUUUAAGUUUUUUUUUUUUGAUUGCAGAACCACACUGAGGUCGAAAAACCCUUUAUAUCUCUCAGAUAGCUCUGCACUAAGCGUGCUACUAAGCGUUAAUUAUGCACAGUGCUCUUGCAGCACGGACGGUAUUAGGACGCAGCUUCUUGUCUUGGUCGCGUGAGAGAGGGAAAAGCCCCAAAACCUACAGAGGGCCGGAGCGGACUACAAAAGGCACGAGCGAUGACUCCGCCUCUCCGGUUCUUUUCUCUCUCUCUCUCUCUCUCUCUCUCUCUCACUCACUCAUAUUCCUGUCACUGAAGCAGGAGGAGAGCAGACAGACACAGAGAGACGGAGGAGAGCUACACCAUGGCCAUGUUGAAGAGGGCGCAGCUGUUUGAAAGCGCCAGCAGCCGCGCGCGUCUCACCUCGACGUGGUCACGGAGCGCCGCACGCGCCGCAGCCGGAAGCCAGAUGAGUGACGCCGAGGCGCGCGAGCCGCCGACAAUAUGAGGCUCCUCCGCACGUUGACCGCCGAGCUCGGCGCUGCUCUCACGGCAAGCAGUCACGCUUUAGGUGUUGGGUUUUUUUUUUUUUUUUUUUUACGGUGAAUUCGAGCAAUAGUAAUUGUAGGCUAUGCGGCGUCCCAGGUAAACAAAGAAAUACCGGGGGGAGGCCAUGGUCAGAUCCCGAGGACGGAGAGUGACGCUUUUGUACGCUGAGAAUAGGAGAAAUAACAUUACUUAGGCUAAUGUGUGUCUCUGUGUGAUAGGCUGAUUGUCUUUUUUUUUUUUUUUUUUUUUUUUUUUUUUGUUUAUAUAAUGUAGUGAAUUAAAUGCCUAACAGCAAGUGUACUAGAAAUAGUCUAAACUGAACAAAUAGCGUCCAAGACUUCUUAGUGUUUAUAUUAAAAUGCCUCGUAUUGUGCACGUGAGAUGCCAGUUCACAUGCAUAACAACCCCAUCCUCUUUUUUUAUUCAUCCUUGUCAUUGCUCGAACCUUUUUUUUAGGCUAGGGAACAGAUUUUAGAUAUAGAACAGACUAUAGGUGGAAUAACUGCAGUACACGACACACAUGUGUGUUCAUGAUGGAUCACUAGAGAUCCCUGUAAUCAGUGACAGUCAUCAUUAUUUUAUAUGUCAGCAUAUAACAUAACAUAACAUAACAUAACAUAAGAACAUAAUACAGGCAGACGUCUUUAUUUAUUUAUUUAUUGAUAUAUCUUAGAAUUAGGUUAUUAACCUAUUAUUGAGACUUCAAAGCUAGGUAGUGGAACAAAACAUUAAUCAAGUAGGAAGAGUUGAUGUCCUGCGUGGACAUGGAUGUGAGCAGGCCAGAGGGUGAGGCACUCCAGGGCUCACCGGGGAAACCGGGAGGCGAUGAGCCGCUCGCCGUGUCACCUCAGUCGGGCGGGGAGAGCCAGCGCAGCUCGGGAGUGAAGAAACACCACCACAAACACAACCUGAAGCACCGAUACGAGCUGCUGGAGACGCUGGGCAGAGGCACGUACGGCAAAGUGAAGAAGGCCAUCGAGAGGCAUUCAGGCAGAGUGGUUGCUAUUAAGUCCAUUAAGAAGGAAAAAAUCAAGGAUGAGCAGGACAUGGUGCACAUCCGUCGGGAGAUUGAGAUCAUGUCGUCCCUACGCCACCCCCACAUCAUUUCUAUAUAUGAAGUAUUUGAGAAUAAGGACAAGAUCGUGAUCGUGAUGGAGUACGCCAGUAAGGGGGAGUUGUAUGACUACAUCAGCGAGCGUCGGCGACUUACAGAAAGAGAGACACGCCACUUCUUCAGGCAGAUAGUGUCUGCAGUGCACUACUGCCAUAAGAAUGGUGUGGUGCAUAGGGAUCUGAAACUGGAAAAUGUGCUACUGGAUGAGAACUGUAAUAUAAAGAUUGCCGACUUUGGCUUGUCCAACCUGUACCAUAAGGACAAGCUCUUACAGACGUUUUGUGGUAGCCCGCUGUAUGCGUCACCAGAGAUUGUCAAUGGAAGGCCUUAUCGUGGCCCUGAGGUGGAUAGCUGGGCCCUGGGAGUGCUGCUCUACACUCUGGUCUAUGGUACGAUGCCGUUUGAUGGAGGAGACCACAAGAACCUCAUCCGCCAAAUCAGCAAUGGUGAAUACAAAGAACCGACCCAGUCUUCAGAUGCUCGUGGUCUGAUCCGCUGGAUGCUGAUGGUGAAUCCUGAGCGGCGUGCUACAGUGGAGGACAUUGCCAAUCACUGGUGGGUGAAUUGGGGUUGGAAGAAUAGUGUGUGUGACUGCGAGAGCCAACGUGACACAGGGUCCCCCAUGCUGGCUCGCCUUAUCGACUGGCAGAGCCGCACUGAGCCGCGAGUGCCCAAAGGAGCCCGGCCUGAACCACUUCCACUCAUCCGUCAACGGCCUAAGAAGAGCAAGAAGGAGAAUGAUGGUGGGAUGCCCCACUGUGAUGAGGACGACAACCUGGGCCUGAAGCGACCAAAGGGAAUACUCAAAACUCGGCAUUCUGAAGAGCAGCGCUCACCCAGCCUGGAGGACAUUGAGCUAAUGCCUGCCACUGAAGGUGCAGAAAAAGAGGAGGGGUCUCCUGCUGGCCAAGAGGAAGAUGAGCCUACAUUCAGAGGAGGACUUCUGGCCAAGAUGGUGCCCGUUCUCCCAAAGAAGGGCAUCCUGAAAAACAAGCAACAACGGGAAUCAGGGUACUACUCUUCACCAGAGCGCAGCGAGUCCUCUGACCUGCUAAGCGGCAGCAGUAUCACACCCCUUGGUGCCAGCUCACCACCCAAACGCGCAGUGGGGAGGAAGGGCAUUCUGAAGCGCAAUGGAAAGUACUCCACCUACAGUGCCACACCUUCUGUGGCUGCCCUCGGAGAGACUCCAUCUGGUGAUUCAGGUUUAUGGCGUAGCCAGAGCCGACCAUCCAGCAUUGUGGGGGAAGACAGCAGCGUCCUGACCAACAGCUCCUUCAGUGGGGCAGAGUGGCCACAAAUCGGCCCAAGGCCCAACAUCCGAGGCUGUGCGUCAGCUGAGAAUAUACUCCAGCUGGCCAACUUUAAAGGGUUGCAGGCAGCUCCAGCCCUGCAUGGAGGGAAGUUUGGUCGAGGGGUGCACGGCUCACCUGGGGACAACAGCAGCUUCUCCCUGCUGGGAGAUCUGGAUGAUGUAACACAGGUAUACCAGCAAGCCCUGGACAUCAGCAGCAACCUGGUGUAGAGAGAGAAAUGGGGAGAGGGUGAUCUAGAGAGAAGGCUGAGAGAAUGAAUGUGGAGGUGUUUGUUUUGUGUAUCUCUGACGACCAGUUGCAGUGCUGGGAUAAUCUGAUUGAGAGGCUUGUGUGGAUUGAAUUGAGGGAGUUAUACACUGCCAAACACACACCAUGUAAGACUUGAGAUUUGUGAAGUAGGGAAAUUGAUUGUUAGUCCUCUAGUGCCCUUGACCCUCAUGAAAAUCAGUGAUGAGUUCAAAUGUUUACAUGUUAAGCAAAAAGUGAGUUAAAAUCACACAUAGACACCCUACAAUGGGAGGCUCUGAAUCAAAAUAAAGAGCCGAGCUAUGUUUACAAAAGCACCUUAACUCACACAGAGCACAUGUUGUGAUCUUUACUUCCUAUGAAAAAGAAAAAGAAAACCAGGGUCUUGCUCAAAAUGAACUGUCAGUGUCGUUUAUUUAUUAAUAUUUUGCGUAGAUUUAACGAUACAGAACCGGUGUGGUCUGACUGUACUGGAAGAACUUCAUCUCUCCUUAAACUCAAAUGGAACUGACAUAUAUAAUGGCUAUGUUAUUUAAUUAGUUGUUAGAAAAAAUUACAUGCCUACAUAAGGCAAGAAGCCUCAUAUAUGACAGACCCUUACAGGUCUCAUAUCCAGUCACAUAUAUAUGAGAAUAUGUAAGAAGUGCCUUUUUAAUUCAUAUGAAAUUAUGUAUGUCAUUUCCUUAAGGUGGAGAGAGAUGCCAGGUGGAGCCAUCACCAGAUGUGCUAACUUGUUAAUGUGUUGAAUGUUGAGAGACCCAGGACCUUAGAGUGCAAAGCCCUUUCAUAUUAACCAGCUAACACAAUACCUCACUAUUAGCUUAAGCAGUCAGGCUUGUUUGGUCAUAUUGAAGAUUAUUUUCAGGCUUUACUUAAUUAUGGUGGAGGCAGGCAGCUUUUAAAGCUGCUUACCCGUUGUGACCUCCCUGAAGCCGUCACACAGUGACCUUGUUUCUGUUCAUUCUGCUGCAAUAUCUUAGGUUUUGUCCUCAAAGAAAUCCUUUAAAAAGCUCAUGUGUCUGAAGGAGUCUAUGAAGAGAACUAGUGAAUUGGUUUCCUGUCUGGGUUUGCGUAUACGAAUUCUCGUUUUCCGCAAAUGUAACAUGCUGAAAUGGGCGGUUUGGACAUUUCCAUUGUUUUUCCUGGAAAGCUGAAGUCACUGUGUUUAUAUCUAGUGCAGUUAUGCUUCAUUAACCCAUUGACCAAUACACAGCCACUGUUCCCCAAUAAUCUUUGUGGCAUUCAGAAGUGAAGAUGAAGUAAAUAUAUUUAUUUCAAAACAAUGAUCCAGCUUUUGUGUCCAAUACCAAAAAUCUCCUUGUCAUGGCAUGUUUGUACUGGAACUUGUCCUAGCUGUCAGGAUGAAGAAAUUUAAUACACAUUUAAAUGAGUAGGACUGUUGCUCAGUGAUCAGUGUAAGUGUGUAUUCAUUAAGCAUUAAUAUAGUUCUGUAUAGUUUGCUAUAGGCGGUAGGUGAGUGUGGAUGUUGGGUGAGAGAGAUAGAGUAAUGUGUUCAUAGUCGUAGGUAAAUGAAAAACGUUUAGCCUUUUCUAGUAAGUGGGUUUUUAUGAUUGAUUUACUGGAAAUAGAAGUGGAAGGAUGAUUGCAAGUGUUGAAGUAGCAUGAUGAGAUAAGUAGCAAUGAAGAAAGUGAGUGGAUGGGAAUUACGUUUUGCUCAUCGUGUGAUGAGAUCUGAAGGAUUGAAAGGAAAGUGUCUUUUAAACAUGCCGGUGUUAUCGUACAUGGAUGUUAGUGUUCAACUGAGCAUUCUUGUUUGUUCAGCUCAACUCCAGCAUCACUGAGUUGCAACAGGACAGCUGAAAAUGAUAAAUACCCAAACUAUUGCAGGAAGUGCACAUAUCAAAUUUAUUUCCCAAACAACAAACUGACCAACAUCUGCAGGACAUAUGAAGGCAUUUUGUGCAACAGAGGUCCUGGGUACUGAGAGAAAUGAGACACCCUUUGUGUAUCGUAUUGUAUUGCAUUUUUAUAUUGCAUUGUAUUGUCAACUGGAUUCACAGUGAAGGAAUUAUACUAUGUUAGUAUUUUGUUUAAUUAUAUUUCAGUUUUUGAUUCUCCAAAAUAUUGAAUCUUUAUUAUUUUAUUUUAUUUUAAUGGCAGAAACUUGGAUGCGGCUAGGUUUGACUGAUUUGACUAGGGCUAACCAAAGCCCAUCCCCUCGGUGUUCACAUUAAAUUAAUUACAUUAAUCCAUACAUUUAAUAAAAGUCACUUGACUGAAAUACAGCCGCUCAACUUAGCUUUCACACUUUGGCGCCUACACAGUGGUUUGGUGGACGGGUCUAACUUUCGACUAGGCAGUUUCAGCAGCUGCUUCAAUUCAUAGCAGUUUCCAGUUUCCCCAAAUUUUCCAAAAUGCUCCCAUCAUUUUCCAAAAUGCUCCCAUCAUUUUCCAAAAUGCUCCCAUUAAAUAUCUGAAGUGGUCUUACGCUGCACUGAGAUGUUGGCUUAUUUGUUCUUUUCACUGCCGAAGUUUCUGGACAUGACUCACACUGUAAAUCGCCCCAAAGUGCCAUCAUAGUAUAUCUGUACACAAUUCACCUCUGCCACAAAGUCAUACCAAAAAAAGGAAGGAAAGAUAUCAAGCUAUGCAUUAGUCGAUGAGCCGCAAACAUGCUUUCUGCCAAACUGGAAUUAACUGGUGCAUAUCUGUUAGUUAGCAGAAAGUCUACUUAUAGGAAAACUUGACUGGAUAUUGUUAUUGACAACAAGAAGAUGGUAUUAUUAUGUUAUUUAAGUAUUAUUUUUGUUACAAUUCAUUACUGUUGUUGGCUAAAGCCACAAUAAUCAUUUUUAUUUUUCAUUUUAUUGAUUUGAAUACCUGGACUGCCGAGGUGGUUUUUGUUUCAGUGCCUUUGCUAUCUCUUAUGAUCAUUUUUAAUUUUUUUUUUUUUUAUAAGAGUAAUUAUAGCAAUUGUGUUUUUAUACUCUAUUUAUUUUGGUAGUGAAUCCAUUUUGGUUGAUGUAACGCCACUCCAUGCCUUGUCUAAGACUGUGUGGGUGUUUAUAUACGAAGAGACGCGAUGACCUGGAAGGACGGGGAGGAAAAAGAGAAUGAGAGGGAGUGAGAAUGCAGUGAGGGUGCUGGUUUUUUCAUGCUGGGGUUAUUUUGUGUUUGGUUAAGGAGCUGAUAAGGCCUGUAUUUAUCUGUGAAAGCUGAAGGAGUUAAGUGGUCAUCAUCUGUAUGGCAAAACCAAGCCACUGUAAAAUCAACUCUGUUAAUAAAUGGAUCAUUUCAAAGUA